AUGGUUUCAAUCUUAACUUUCACUAAACAAGUCUUUCUUUCUCUUACUUUUGCUUUAUUAGUCAAUGGUAUGGCUAUUCCUCAAGAUGAUUCUAUCAAAUCACUCGGUAAAAGAGGUGAUGGUUUCAUCAAAGUUGAUUUCGAUGUUGCCAGAGGUGUUGACAGACAUCUGUUAAACCUUACUAGUAGUAACACUGCUUCAUUCUUGAUUAGUGGUGGUGCUCAUAAUUUGAAAAGAGAUGAAGAAGUUGUCACUUUAAUCAAUGAACAAACCUUCUAUGCUACUAACUUACAACUUGGUUCAAACAGUCAAGCCGUUACUACCCUUUUAGAUACUGGUUCUUCUGACUUAUGGGUUGUUGCUAAAGGUGCUACUUGUCAAGAUCCUCCAAGUGGUGAUUCUUCCACUUAUUGUUAUGCUGAUGGUGUCUUUGAUAAAACUACCUCAACCACUUUCCAGAACCUUGGUACUAGUUUCAGUAUUGAAUACGUUGAUGGAACUGGUUCUACCGGUACUUGGGCUAAAGACAGUGUUGCUUUAACUUCUGCUGGUGUUACCGUUACUGGGUUACAAUUUGGUGAUGUUACAACUACCUCUUCAGGAUUUGGUGUCUUAGGUAUCUCAUUACUUGGUAGUGAAAGUACUACCAAUGAAUAUCCAAACUUACCUCAAGUUUUAAAAUCUGAAGGUUUUAUUUCAAAAGCUGCUUACUCUUUAUACUUGGCCGAAGCUGAUGCUACUUCGGGUACUCUUAUCUUUGGUGGUAUCGAUGAAGAUAAAUACAGUGGUUCUUUAGUUACUUUACCACUUACUUCCCUGGCUCAAUUAUCUGUCGCUUUAAAGAGUUUCACUUUUGCUGGUACUACUACCACCGCCAAUGUUGAUCCUGUUUUAGAUUCAGGUACUACCCUUACUUAUUUACCAUCCAAAUUAGUCAAUGUUAUUGGGAAAGCUUUAGGCGGUACACAAGAUUCCAGUAUUGGUUGGAUUGUUGAAUGUACUUCAAGUGACACCAUUACUUAUAACUUUAAUGGUGUUUCAAUUGUUGUUCCAUAUUCAGAAAUUACUCUUCCAUUAUACUACACUGAUGGUUCAGUUGCUGAUGUUUGUGGUUUAGGUAUUCUUAGUACCACUGGAACUCCAAUUUUAGGUGAUAACUUUUUAAGAAGUGCCUAUGUUGCUUAUGAUCUCGAUGAUCAAACUAUUGGUCUCGCUCAAGUCCAAUACACUACCAGUGAAAACAUUGUUGCUUUCACUUAA